AUGUAUGUAAGCUAUAUAAAGAAUGAUGGUACACAAGUUAAAGUUCCAUUAGACAACAACUGUUACUUAAACUUAUAUGGAGACGAACAAAAGAAAUAUUUAAGAGUUUAUGAAAUGACAGAUAUGACAUUGUCUAACCUAGCUCCAGCACCAUAUUAUUAUGACUAUGGAGAUGACGAGAGAACACCACAUGUAGAUGAACAAAAGUUAACAUUAUAUUUAGAUUAUUAUAGAUAUAAAAGAUAUAAUGCAAUAGAAAAAACGAGAAUAGUAUAUUAUUAUAUAGAUGACAAAAAUAAAUAUUAUAGUCAAGAUUUUACCUACCCUGAAAACAUAAGAUUAUAUUAUAAAAAAUAUUCCGACACAAACCAGAAGAAACCUGAAAUAGUUGCGCUAUAUUUUAAGUUCAAAAGAGACAAUCCUAUAUUAUCUCAUAUGUUUGAUUUAAUGAACCCAGUAGGUUCUAUUUAUACAUCUAUGGAUGCGAGAGGUCCUCAAGCAAUGUUUGGUGUUGGUGCAUGGGAACAAAUAGUCGACAGGUUUUUGUAUUGUGCAAACUCUUCAAAGGAAAUGGGUGGAAGUAAAACGAUUACAGGUGAAAAUUUACCUGCACACAGUCACUACAUAGAUUUAAGCACAUCUCAAGCAGGUUGGCAUAAGCAUAGAUAUUGGGAUUGGUCAGGAAUGACAAAAGGUAAAGGAUAUGAUGUUAAAGAUAACGUUAAGUUUGCUAUAAAUUGUUACUGGAGUGACACUCAGGGAGAAGGAAACCAUACACAUUUCGUUUCAGGAUAUACACAAACAACGGGACAAAGUAAAGACUACAUGCCACCUUACAUGACAGUUUACGCAUGGUAUAGAGUUCAAUGA